CUGAGCCUCCAUGUCUCUCCCGCUGCUUCUCCUCCUGCUGCUGCCGGCGGCGGGCCGCGCUCAGACCGGCGGGCAGUUCGACCAGUGCCGCUCUCUGCGAGGCUCAGAGGCGGGGCCAGGAUGGGAGUUCUAUGCCUGUCAGCCGCCGCCCACAAACAUGAAGGAAGUGAUGCAGAUCAGAGUCGAUCCGCCCGGCAUCACCUGUGGAAACCCACCUGAACGCUUCUGUACACUGGAGAACCCAUAUCUCUGCAGUGAUGAGUGCGAUGCAUCCAGCCCCGAUCUGUCUCACCCUCCUCAGCUGAUGGGGGACAGGGAGAGGGGUGGGCUCAUCACCUACUGGCAGACAGUCACAUGGUCCAGGUAUCCUGAGCCGCUAUUGGCCAACAUCACACUGUCAUGGAACAAGAGUCUGGAGGUGGUCGAUGACAUCAUCGUGACCUUCGAGUAUGGCCGACCAACCAGCAUGGUCCUGGAGAAAUCUCUGGACAAAGGUGGAACAUGGCAGCCAUAUCAGUUCUACGCUGAUGACUGCAUGGAGGCCUUCGGUAUGCCACCUAAACGGGUCUCGGAUCUGACUCCCAGCAACCUGACCCGGGUCAUCUGCACUGAGCAGUAUUCCCGCUGGGUCGGAGCCAAGGAGGAGAAGCUGGUGGUGUUUGAGGUGCGCGCACGCUUCGGGGUGUUUGCGGGUCCGAAGCUGAUCAACAUGGAUGCCCUGUACACCCGCAUGGAGACCAUGAAGGGCCUGAGAGACUUCUUCACCUUCACCAACCUCCGCCUGCGACUUCUCCGCCCAGCGCUAGGAGGAACCUACGUCCAGAAAGAAAACCUGCUCAAGUACUUCUACGCAGUCUCAAAUAUCGACAUACCUGCCAGGUGUAAGUGUAACCAGCAUGCAUCUCAGUGUGUUUUGCGAGAUGCAACACUGCAGUGUGAAUGUGACCACAACACGGCCGGACAGGACUGCCAGCGCUGCAGCCAAGGGUUCAAAUCCCGCAGCUGGAGGCCCGGAUCUUUCCUCCCCCUGCCCAGAGGCACUGCCAACACCUGUGAAGCAGCCGAAACAGCAGCCAACUGUGAGUGUAACGGUCACUCCAACCGCUGCAGCUACAUCGACUUCAUCAACGUGGUCACGUGCGUCAGCUGUAAACACAACACGCGAGGCCAGAACUGUCAGUUCUGCCGCCUCGGUUACUAUAGAAACGCCUCACUGACGCUGGACGACGAGGACGUCUGUGUCGAGUGCGGCUGUCACACUGAGGGCAGUACGUCUCCUCACUGCUUGGACUCGGGUCUCUGUCAGUGUAAAGACGGCGUCUCGGGGCGGAGCUGUGAUUCAUGUCUACCUGGAUACACCUGGAGAGGAGGCGGAGCCGUCUGCACAGAGAACGUCUGUGAUGAGCGGCGAGUCUGUCAGAACGGAGGAACCUGCGUCGACUUCACGCGCUGCGUCUGUCCGGAAAGCUUCACAGGUACGUUCUGUGAGAAGACGGUCUGUCUGAAGAAGGGUGGUUGCGAUGACGACGCCGAGGGCUCGUCCUCACCUCUGACCUCACACCUGUACCUGCUGACCCUCAGCCUGCUCAUCUCCACCUGCCGCUGACUCCACCCACUGGUGACAUCAGCGGGAUGUGACAUCACACUGGAAGGUCAUCUCCUACCUGUGGCUCUUCUCCUCUGUGAUUGGCUCAUGGCUUCUCAUUGGGCGGUUGACGUUGUGAGUCACUGACGGUGGUAACCAUGGAGACAGAGACGUGACAACGGACUGUGUUGUUGUGCUACACUUUUUUUUUUUUUUUUU